AUGGCGAAACCUCCACGAGAAAUAUACACUAUUUGUCGGCUUUGCUUGUGCGAUGACGAAGAACUUCUUAGUCCUGCCAUCCAAAUAAUGGAUUCAUCGCUUUCGAUCCAAGAUAUAGAACGUUUCACAGGCAUCCUGCUAAAUGCGGACAACAUGUUAAACGCACUGUGUUCGGAGUGCAUCAAUAAGCUACGAGAAUCUGUAUACUUUCGCAAUACUUGCGUAAGCAAUGAUGUUGUUUUCAAGCAGCUGUUCGAGGUAUUGACAUCUUUGGGACGUCAUAUUCAAAGUCACACUAAUGAUGCCAGAUAUACCUGUCCGCAUUGUCCAAUUAAAAUGGUGGAACGCUCCAAUCUUUUAAGGCAUAUAAAUGCAGUACAUCUAAAGAAAGUAGUUAAGUCCUGCGAAAUAUGCGGAAAAGGUUUUACCCACAACAACACCUACAUUUCGCACAUGCGUUCACAUCACGGUGUUGGGGAAAUUUAUGAAUGUAAACUAUGCCCGAAACAAUACAAAUAUCCAAGCAACUUAAGGGAUCAUGUUAAGAAAGCUCACGUAUUUGAGUCUACCAGCUAA